AUGACAGAGACCGGCGAGGCCGUCCCGGAAGAAGUUGUCAAGAAACUUGCGUACAGCUUCCCUAUCGUCAGGCACACGGACAUGCCAGAGGAAAUGAAGGAGGAGACUAUUGCGCUGUGCAUUUCAGCCUUCGAAAAGUGUUCCAACAACAACGAGAACACAGCGAAGAUGGUCAAGGAUUCCAUGGACAAGAUGUUUGGAACUGCGUGGCAUGUAGUGAUCGGCGAAAGUUUCGGCUUCGGCGUCACUCAUGAGGCGAAGCAUCUGCUCUACAUGUUCUACGGAGGGAGCUUGGCCAUCUGUAUUUGGAAGUGCUGCUAG